AUGGGAAUUCUACGCUCUCUGCGUUCUGGAGCUGACGUAUCCACGGCGCUCAAGUCGGUGGAGGCCACCACCCCGCAAAUACCUGACAUCUUCGAGCAACGCUUGGAAAAAGUAUACGACAUACCCCAGUCAAAAGAACCACCCGCUGUGCUCUCCCUGUAUGGUCUUUUGCAACCUUUCGACCAGGCCACGAGUUCUCCUAGCUCCAGUGGACGAAAUUCAGUUCAAUGGACCACCGUAAUUAAAGACCCCGAGAUCAUCAGCUAUCUAUUGGAUUUGUACUUCACCUAUCAUCACCCCCUUUGCCUGGUCAUACCUGAACCAUUAAUUCGAGCUGAUAUGGCCUCUGGAAGAACGAGGCAUUGCUCACCUGUGCUGAUCAAUGCAAUCCUCGCUGUUGCCUGCACGUUCCUGGGCUUGCAGGACGACGUCAAAAGUGCUAACGACCUUUGGCCGUCGGUCGAAGAUUUUUUUAUUGAAGCUGAAAGGCUGUUGGCAGAACACCCCGAACCUAGUUUGACUGCAGUAGCAGCCCUGUGUCUUCUCGCAGUGGUCGAAAACCUACACCUUCGCUGUCAGCGGGCUCGCAAGCUUUCAGGUCGAGCCAUAUGCAUGGCACUCUUUCUGGGUCUUCCCCUGGGAAGAACGAGUGAUGAGGAGCAAACGGAGGCGACAGCGGACGACAGGGCCCUGAUUGUUGUGCAACAGCAGCUGUUCUGGGUCUGUUACCAAGUUGACCAGAUGGCUUCAAACAAUGCUGGCUGCGCGCCUCAAAUCAUCAUCGACGACCUCGGGAUAAGACUCCCGAAUAUCGACGACAUUGCCGCAACCGGGCCCUGGGACCCCUCGUCCAUGCUGGUGCCUUUUUCAGACUUCAGAGACAGAAGUUCCUGUUGGUUCUACCUUGCGGAACUCGCGAAGGUCGUUUCUACGACCAUGUCUCCACCGAGAGCUCUUGUUCAUAGUCGAAAGAAUAGGGAUAUCAGACUUUGGGAAUUGAGCUAUCAGGCUUGGUACCGCCGCCUGCCAGCUUCAUUUGCCGUCAGUGAUACCGCUCCAGGACACGUAAUAGCGAUCCACAUGUGGUACCAUGGCUGCUUGAUACAAUCAUUCCGACAGGUUGCUGCUCCUGGCCGUGGCGAUCUCAGCGUUACGGCACUUCAAAUCUGUCAAAACGCUGCUAAAGAGAUUACUGACCUCUUCAGCUGUUACCGCAGUCGCUAUGGGUUGAGAGGCAUUAACGCUAUGAUGUGUCAAGCCUUGCUUGACGCCUACAGCGUUCAUCUCAGUUGUUUCCCAUCGGCUAUCAAGGACUUGUUGACUGUCGUGGAAGCUUUUCAGGAUGUUUCUAAACGACAGCAAUGGGCUCGGACGUGGCUCAAGAGGCUCGAAUCCCAGACCCUACACUCUCCAGUUGCAGAAUCUGCUGCGAUAGUUGAGGCCUUGUUUGGAAGGCACGAGAACACGUCUGAGGAGGGCCCCACUGUCCAGGAAUGCUCCUCGGAGAAGCCGCUCGUCGUGAAUCGCACGAAUGCAACGACCAAUAUCGACCUCAUUCCGAACGCAGCGUCGCCGGAAGCUCAGAACGCAGCACUCGCAGCAACGACACGACCACAUCGCUGGAAUGAUGAUUAUUUCUUUUCGCCCUUUGUUCGACAUUAG